AUGAUGGCGUAUCGGUGCCUACAUUUUAUAUUUGUUCGGCUUAUGAGGACCAUUUGCCGCAGUAGGCAGCUGAAGGCCGCCAGAGUGCAGGUGUGUGUAUCGAAGAGGAACACACUUAUGGCAUUAUGACGUCUCAUUGCUCAUGGUCUUCCUCAUGUCUCUCUGCUGUUCUUCAGGCAGGAGGUCGACAGCGAUAUGUGUGUGUUCAGGAUGGUAGUGUGUCGGAUGAGCUGGUGUUGGACUCGCGGAUGUGGGACGAGCUGGCGUAGCAGUUCGUUCCCUUCAUCCUCAACAAAAAUGUCAUCAUCGGCAAAGCAAACCGGCUCAAGGUCAGCAAGCACAUCAGCACCAGCACCAGCACCAAUACCAACACGACACCACACCGCCGCCUCCCCUGCCGCUCUUUCACGUUUGUCGGUGGUGCAGGUGGGCGCCAUGGGGGUGCUCGCCGUGCUCUGGCGACUGGCGCGCAAGGCGUACGAGGCCUUGGGGGCAGACAAGUACACCGUCAUGCACCAGAAGCUACACGGGCUGCAGGAUACCCUCUGCGCACUAGAGAGUGAGCCGAUGACCAUCCUCUGA